AGAGAGAGAGAGAGAGAGAGACAAGAAGCAAAUUGAUUCACAAAGUGGCGUGGGAAUGCAAAGGCAUGUGUGUAACAUAGUGGGAUGAUCUUCUAGAAAUUUUCAUGGAAACGUUCCGCGGGCAAAAUUUCCUAAACAAUUCCACUAGAUGGUGGAAUCCACAUGCAGAUCACCACGAAAAACAACGCUUCGAGUGUUGCAUGCGGCACGCGCGGGUACUUUUGCAAGACAAAUCAGCCCGCUACAACUAUAUAAACCGACGUCUUCUACCCACCCGGUAGUUCAUGGCGAUUUGUCUGUAUCUAGUAAACUCCGAACCUCGGCAUCCGCGCCAAGCGGAAGGAAGUGCUAGUCAGAUGCUCUGCGUUGACAUUUCCCUAUAAAUCCACAUCGCCCUGCGCUCCAUACCGCCCUCUCCGGAGCAUCGGAGAUUCCCGCAUCUUUUUUAUAGUGCUCAUCAUGGCUGAGACUGAAAACCCCCCUGAUUCUUCUGCGCCCGCCGUUGCCGAAACACCGAAUGUGGGGAAAUCGGCCAGUCCCGCGGGGGGUUCACCAUCGUCUUUGGAUGUCGCUCAGCGCCAGUUGCUAGGAGCCCUCAGGGCAACCGACGUCACCAUCGGCCGCUUGGACAAGCUCAUGUCAUCGGCCUAUGGUCAAGAACGAGUUUUUGCUGUCACCGGUUAUCUAACCCAUGCGCUCCAUCACCUCCUGGCCUCCGCACCAUGGAUUGCCCUCCAAACACGGCUCGGCCUUCUGGCCCGAUUGAGAUCGAAAGCCAAGCCUGUCGCACCCAACUCGACUCCCUCGCAAUCGCGACUACUUGCCCUCUCCGCUCUCAUGUCAGAAACCCGUUAUAGCCUCCGGCUCUUGGGCCUCUUCCCUCUGUGGACUUGGGGCUCCGCUACAUUGAAGUCUCCUCCAUCGGACCGUAUCCUCUACGCACUUACCCUUCUUCAAGUGGCUGUGAACAUGAUCUACCAAGCCCUAGAGAAUGCCGGCUUCCUGGCUUCCAAAGGAGUAAUCUCGAAGAAGUUCAUCGACCGCUGGGGCGGAAUUGACAAGUGGUAUAUAUGGAGUACACGGGCCUGGUUCGGCCACAUCUUCUUCCAGUUCUUCGUGCUGUGGAGAGAGCACGUGCUCCGGAAGAAGAGAAUGAGUGGUGAGGUGUCGGAGGAGAAGAAGAAAGAAGCCUUGAAAGCCGAGGUUCGCGCCUGGAAGAAGAGCCUGGUGAAUAAUACCUGCUGGGCGCCAUUGUGUCUUCACUGGUGUUUCGAAAAGGGGAUUGGUUUCCCUGACAGUUUGAGUGGUGUUGUUAGCUUUAUGGCUGCGGGUUGGGGCGUUUAUGACUUAUGGACCGCAACUGCGCAGUCCUAGACAAACAGGAAAUCCGGCUGGACUGAGAUCUGUAUAUAACUGUGGUGUAGAGUAUAUUGACUGGCGCAAUUUGGGAUUAAAACUCAAAGACUUUAAGAUAGAAUAGAACUUUCCUAAUUUUUAAGUUCUCUCUAAGUCACAUUCUG